CUGCGGCUUUUCACAGCAGAAGUGCCAUCCUGGCCUGAUGAGAGUGCAUACUCAUUCCGUCGUCACCACAGCAGUGUCGAAGCUGCUGCCAGAAAGAGUCCCCACCCCACGCCCUUGCUUUGCCACCUCGGUGCCGUGCGUGAACGUCUCGUUCGACCUCGAUAGGCCGCAACGUGCGCGUCUAGUUCAGUCUAAUCUAGUAAAGUCUAGUAUAGUCGAGUAUUGUCUACUCUACCUCGCGUGCCAGGUCUGCCUGCCCGCGCGCGCAUGGAGGCGGAGGGCGGCGAGUUGACGGAGUACGAGCGCCUGCGGCAGCGGAUCCAGGAGCGCAAUGCGGCGAAGCUCCGCCAGCUCGGCGUCACCGCGUCCGCGGAAGACCUCUCCUCCGCAAUUGCCGCCAAGAAGCGCGCCGCCCCUCACCGCACCAAGCCCCACCCCGCGGAACCGCAGCAGCCCUUGCGCCGAUCCCUUCGCAAUCGCGGCAUGGCCCCGGAAAGCAACCCCGCUGGUAGCGCGGGGGCCGGGGGGAGCGUGGGGGGCGGGGGGACUGUUUCCUCCAGCGCUGGCGCUGCUAUCGUGGAGGAGGUUCCGCUUGACGGACACGUGGGCGCGCGGAGUUUGAACCGGGAGGCGGAGGAGGAUGAGGCGCUCAUGCGCGUGCUGCGCGCGCGGAUGGUGGCGCGGGGCUUUGCGCUGGAGACAGAGGGAAAGGACAGGGACGAGGGGGAGGAGGAGGAAGACGAGGAGGGCAAGCGAGAGGGAGACGGUGGGGCGCAGUUGGGAAGCGGAGAGGAGAAGGGGGGUAGGAGAGGGAAGGGAGGAGAGGCGGUGAAAGAGGAAGGUCAGGAAGUAGGGGGUGGUGUGGGGCGGGUGCUACGACUGCCGCUGCCAGGCAAGCGAGUGAAGGGGAGAGGAAGAGCGGGGGUUAAGGAAGAAGAGGGAGAGGGAGAGGGGGGAUUGCAGAGCGUGAAGGGAGGGGCGGUGGAGGAGGGGUUGAGGGAGCAGGGCAGGGAGGAGUUGGAGGCGGGGAGGUUGCGUCUGGUGGAGGGCGAUGUGGGCAAGCUGACCAAGGAGAGAAUACACAACGUCACUGUGCUGCCGUUCCUGGAUCGGCUGGUGGUGGUGGCAGGGGAUAAGAUGGGGCAGGUGGGCGUGUGGGACCUGGGCCACAUGGGCGCGCAUGGCUGCUCCGCUGCUGCUGCUGGUGGGAGUGGCAGCGCGGAUGGCGGGGAAGACGCGGAUGGGGAGGGAGGGGCGUCAGAAGGUGCUACUGGCAUCUUCACCUUCCGCCCCCACCGCAACCCGGUGUCUGGCCUCGCCUACUGCCCGCUCUCCCUCUCCAAUGUUUACACCGCCUCGUAUGACGGCACCAUCCGCUGCCUGGACGUGACUCGCGCCUCCUUCCUCCUCCUGCACUCCUCGUCCCAGUUCACCUUCUCCACCCUCACCCCCUCGCCCCCCUCCUCGCCCUUCUCCCCUCUCCUCCUCCUCGGCACCGACAGCGGCCACCUCGUUGCCUUUGAUCCCCGGGCCUCCCACGGGGGCCCUGUGGGCAGCUGGGAAGUUCACGACAAGAAGGUCAGCACGGUCAGCUUCUGCCCCGGGCAGGAGGAAAUAAUUGCCACGGCGUCAACUGACCGGACGGUGCGCCUGUGGGAUGUGCGAAAGAUGGUGGGAGGCGGGGGAGGAGGGGGAGGAGGAGGGGAAAGAAGGGGGAAGCGGAGGAAGACAGGUGGCGAAGGGCAGGGAGUGGGGGGCGGUGGGUCUGCGUUCCACGCAGCGCACUCCUCCUCUCAUGCUUCUCCUUUGCUGGAGCUGCCGCAUGCGCGUGGAGUCAACUCCGCGUACUUCUCUCCUGAUGGGGCCUUCCUGGCGUCCACAAGCUAUGACGACACCAUUCGCCUGUGGUCCAGGGAGCAGUGGAGCCAAUCCGUUUCUGCAUCGUCCAACACCACUCCAGCACAUCCCAAGCCGUACAUGUCAAAGAGGCACAACAACCAGACAGGCCGAUGGGUCUCGUCCUUCAGAGCGGUGUGGGCGAGUGACAGCCAGCACGUGGUGGUGGCCGGCAUGGGGCGCACGUUCGACAUCCUCUCAGCCGCCUCCGGCGCGUGGCUGCCGCCUCUUGCCAGCGUGGAGCUGAUGACGUCCAUCCCGGCCCGCCUGGCCAUGCACCCCUCGCUGCCCGUCAUUGCUGGUGGCAGCGCCAGUGGACGCGUCUUCGUGUGGCGCCCCGCUGCUGCUGCUGCGGGUGGUGGUGAUGAUACUGAUGAUGCUGAUGCUGAUGAUGCUGAUGGUGGUGAUGCUGCAGAUGGGGCAUGAGACGGGAGGGAUGGAUACCUUGGGCCUGGCGUGGACGUGGGAUACUAGCUUGUUUGUCAGCUGUGUAGAAGUAUGCUGAGCUGUUAGGCAGGUAGGAGGUAUGUU